UUCUGUCGCUUAUUCAGUUUUUUUUGCUCGACAACAGGUAGCAUUAUCAGGAUUAGAUUGUCUAAAAAGGGCGUGCAAGGUGAGACAUCAGCUUCCAAAGAGAAGCACUUGCCUAAGCUUGCUCAACAAGAAGCAGAAGUUACUGCCAGGACAAUUGCCGAAAGAGCCAAUCCUUUGUCCAAUACUACAAACAACCAAAGUUGUCGUCCUUCUCUACCAAUUGUAGUGCCAAGUGCAUCUACCUCUGGGCGGAUCAACAGUGUGACUGUGGACAGGGCAACUCCAUCAUGCUCCAAAGUGGAAGAGAACAGCGUAGAAUUUCAGUACAAGACUUUGAUAGAGAACUGGCGUCCACCAAGUCUGCAAAGUGAUCAUCUUGAUGUUGAUGAUGAUCAAGCGUGGCUAUUCCAAGGAAAACCUAAGCAAAGGAGAGUGGAGGAAACAAAUGUAUGCAGCAAUGACACAACUUGUGGAAGCUCUGCGUUGUGGCCACCGGCGCAAUACCUUCAGGAUGUUGAUUUGUACGCAUUGCCCUUCACAAUUCCGUUUUGAACCAUUGCAACUGUGUAUAGUUGAUUCUUUAGCUCUAUAUGCUGCCCAGGGAAUUUUGUAGCUGUUAUCCGGAAACAGGUGUAGUUUAACCUGGAGUUUAGUCACAAUGACAAAAAUAUUCUUUUUAUUUUUCAGUAGCGUGUUACAUCACUUCCAUGAAUAUCCAUUGUGCUGCUUCAAUCAGCAAGAUUAAUAUAGAAGUAUAUAGAAGUAGAUUUUCUUCUCUCAUA